CUGGGCUGGUGAGUAGUAGUCGCGGUUCCUGGCUGACAGUACAGGAUCAUGGAGCCGGUGGAGACCUGGACCCCCGGGAAGGUGGCAGCUUGGCUGAGAGGUCUUGAUGAUUCCCUACAGGACUACCCCUUUGAGGAUUGGGAGUUGCCUGGAAAGUACCUGCUCCAACUCUGCCCCCGUAGCCUGGAAGCUCUGGCUGUGCGACCUUUGGGCCACCAGGAGCUCAUCCUCGAAGGGGUGGAACAGCUUCAGGCACUGAGUUCCGGGCUACAGACAGAGAACCUGCAGAGCCUGACAGAGGGGCUGCUGGGAAGGACCCAGGCCUUCCAGAGUUUAGUGCAAGGCCACUUGGGGGAUGGUGGCGAGCCCCCCACCAACAUCCUCAGCAUGGCUGUGGAGCUGGUACACGAGGCCCGGACUCUCCUCUUCUGGCUCAACAGGUACCUCUUCUCCCACUUAAAUGACUUCUCAGCCUGUCAGGAGAUUGGGGAGCUUUGCACAGAGCUUGGCCAAGUUUUAGAGGAGAACUGUCCAGCGGCUGAGAAAGAGAGCAAAGUCUUAACAAUCUGCAGCCAUGUGGCAGGGAUCUGCCACAACAUCCUGAGCUAUAGCCCAGAGGAGCUGCUGGGGCAGAGGGCCAUGCUGAAACAGGUGCAGCUGGAUGAUCCCCUGGGCCUGGAGAUCUACACCACCAGCAACUGCCUGCAUUUUGUAGCCCAAGUGGGCAUACAGGCUGCCACUGACUCUCAGCUGCAGAUUCUACCAGGAGAUGAGGUUGUCCAGAUCAAUGAGCAGGUGGUGGUGGGCUGGCCCCAUAAGAAUGUGGUGAGGGAACUGCUGCGGGAGCCAGCCGGAGUCAGCCUAGUGCUGAAGAAGGUUCCAGUGCCGGAAACACCCCCUCAGACCCCCCCUCACAAGCUGGACUCCUCAUACCUGAAGAUCUCAUCACUGUCUCCUGCCUCACUACCUCCCAGUGACCUGUCUGAAGACGUCUUUUCCUUUGACCUUACUUCAAACCCAAGUCCUGGGCCUAGCCCUGCUUGGACAGACUCAGCCUCCCUCAAACCAGAGUCCCUGUCCAUCCCUUCUGCACCCCCAGCUAUACCCCCAGCAGGGACAGCAGAGACUCAGGGCCCCCCAGAACAUCCCAACAAGAGUCCUGUCCCUGGUUCGAAGAAAGCAAAAGGCAUGGCCACGAGGCUUAGCCGCCGGCGGGUGUCCUGCCGGGAGUUGGGCCGCCCAGACUGUGAUGGCUGGCUCCUGCUGCGAAAGGUGCCCGGAGGCUUCAUGAGCCCUCGCUGGAGGCGCUGCUGGUUUGUGCUCAAGGGACACACACUCUACUGGUACCGCCAGCCCCAGGACGAGAAGGCUGAGGGCCUCAUCAGUGUCUCCAGCUACAGCCUGGAAAGUAGACAAGAUCAGAAGAAAAAAUAUGUGUUCCAGCUCACCCAUGACACAUACAAGCCCUUCAUCUUCGCUGCUGAGAACUUGACAGAUCUGAGCAAGUGGGUACGCCAUCUCAUUACUUGCAUUUCUAAGUACCAGUCUCCAGGACGAGCCCCUGUGUCACGAGAAGAAGAUUGCUACAGUGAGACAGAAGCAGAAGACCCUGAUGAUGAUGCUGGCUCACGCUCAACCUCGCCCAGCCCAGCUCAGGCUUGGAGCCUGCUCCCUGGAGACAUGUCACCUGCAGCCACCCCCACACAGGGCAGCCCACGGACCUCCUUCCAUCUCUCAUCAGACUGUAGCGAAGGGACACUGGAAGGCAUGGUACAGGGGCUGAAGCAGGGUGGCGUGUCCCUCUUGGGCCUGCCACAGCCCUUCACUCAUGAGCAGUGGCGGAGCUCUUUCAUGCGGCGCAACCGAGACCCCCACCUCAACGAGCGGGUGCACCGUGUGCGGGCACUGCAGAGCACCCUCAAGGCAAAGCUGCAGGAGCUACAAGCCCUGGAGGAGGUGUUAGGGGACCCCCAGCUGACUGCAGAGAAGUUUCGACAGUGGAAGGAGCAGAACCGGGAGCUCUACUCAGAGAGCCUGGGGGCCUGGGGAGGGGAACAGGCAGAGGGCAGCUCCCAGGUCCUAACCUUCGACUCCAGAGAACACCUUUCCCACCCCCUACCCCCUGCCCCUGAAGAGCACUCCCAGCUCUGCCCACUGCCCUCAGAGAGUCACCCCCAGCCCACUGGCCUCUGACCCAGGUGACUACCUUAGCUCCUGACCUCUGACUCUGAGGACCAUCUCUAUCCCCAGCCUCUAUGACAUGUAUAGGGCAGAGCAUCCUUGGGUUCUGUUUAAGGUUUGAGGUGGUGCUUAAUUCAUGGUUCCACUCUACACUUUUACUCCCUCUGCCUGGUCUCCUGUCAUUUCUGCCUCUCUUUCCCCUAGAGUGAGGUAAAGCAAUGUGAACUUUGUGCCACCCUCUUCUCCCUUACCAAAGGAGGAACAGGAAGGCUGGACUAAAAUAAACCUCCUAACCCACUCUCUGACUUGUGGGCAUAGCCCCACCCUUCUUCCUGCCCCAAAGCAGGUAAACAUAUUCUUCAUUUUAUGGGAGAGACACUUUUCAGUCAAAUAAAGGCAGUUUCUCAAAAAUGAAA